GUGGUGUGCGACGCCGACGGCCGCGUCACGGGCCUGGACCUCGAGACCUACGGGCUGCGGGGCCCGCUGCCGGCGUCCCUCGCGAAUUUGACGAAGCUCGAGACGCUCGAGCUCGACAACAACCGCCUCAACGGGUCGCUGCCCGACUUGUCGGCGUUGGACGCGCUCGAGGACGUGCGCGUCGGGAACAACUUCUUCUCCGGGUCGCUCGCCUGCGUGCCCGACACGGUGCAGAUCUUCGCCGCGGGCCGCAACUUCCUCGAGGGCGCCAUCCCCGACUGCUUCUUCCGGAGCCCCGCGCUCCAGGUGUUGGACCUCGGCUCGAACGACCUC